AUGAAUCCUUUGCAAGUCGAAGGAGUCAAAAAUCUACUCUCAACUCUUGACACUUUUCUGGAUAAUACAUCUAUAACAUCUCUUAAUAAUGAUGAAAGUUUUGUGCAAUUAUAUAAAUGUGUAGUACUGCAAUUGAUGAACAUUAUAUGUGCUGAUUCAUCUUAUAAUAAUACUCCAUGGUUCAGCGAUGUUGCUAUUGCGAUGGAUGCAGAGAAAGCAAUUAAUUAUACUACAAAUCAAAGGACAUAUUUCGGAAAGGCAAUUAUGCAAUUAUUAUUAUU